AUGGCGUUCUCACAUGAAGAGGACGAAGUGGUGGGGGAAGGCAACGGAAUAGUUGUCAUUGAAGAGAUGAGAUGGAUGAUGAUGAUGACGACCAAGGGACCGAGGAUGACGAUACUCCUAGAGGUGAAGGAUAAGGAAGAAGAGGAGAAGGAGGAGGAACAAGAAGAAGCCGAAGAUGAGGAUGACGAUGAAGAUGGAGAUAAAGAUGAAGAUGAAGGUGGCGACAAUAAUGGUAAAAGUGACGAUGAUGUUGGCAAAAGUGACGAAGAUGAACCGAAAAGUGACGACGAACCUAGAAGCGAUGAAAAAAGCAAGGAGGAUAAAGAGAAAACGGCUUUCGAUAACGACGAUGACGAUGGAACAAUUUCAUCGGAUGAAGAUGCCGAUCUAAUUGAGUCACGAAGCAAGAAAGAAAUUCCUCUGGAAGCUUUCAACAUGGAUGAAGAAAAAGACUUGGGCAGACUUGGUACAUGA